AAGUGUCCGGACUGGAAGGGGGGAAAGUGUCUGGACAGGAAGGGGGUGAAAGUGUCCGGACAGGAAGGGGGGGAAAGUGUCCGGACUGGAAGGGGGGGAAAGUGUCCGUACAGGAAGGGGGUGAAAGUGUCUGGACUGGAAGGGGGUGAAAGUGUCCGGACUGGAAGGGGGGGAAAGUGUCCGGACAGGAAGGGAGUGAAAGUGUCCGGACUGGAAGGGGGUGAAAGUGUCUGGACUGGAAGGGGGUGAUAGUGUCUGGACUGGAAGGG